CAACCACAUGUUAUUACGUGGAAAGAACAUAAUCUCAUCCUCAUCCCAAUUCCCAAACGCAUCGUUCAGCGAAAAUGGCUCAGUGCAUAAGCAAUACAUUUAUGCAAGGAAAACCUCUGGUUCCAGUUCCAACCAAAAACGUGAGGAGAGUGGGUAAGUGUGUGGUGCGGUGCAGGAAGAAGGAUAUACACCCGCAGUACUACCAGGAAGCGAAGGUGUACUGUAAUGGGGAACAUGUGAUGACGACGGGUGGGACCCAGAAGGAGUACGUGGUAGACGUGUGGUCGGGGAACCACCCUUUCUACCUCGGAAACCGUUCAUCGGCUAUGGUGAGUGAUGAUCAGGUCGAGAAGUUCCGCAAGAAGUUCGGUGAGCUUUCGCAGAUUAUGGAAAUUCCUGUCCUCAAAGGAGAGAUUGUUAUUCCCUCCAGACGCAAGGGAAUUGGUAAAGGAGGCAAGAAAAAGUAGUUUAUCUAUUUCGUCUGUGUUCUGGGUAAGUGUUGUUUUUGUCUUGUCAUGAGAAUUUGUGAAAUUGUAGACUGACUGUGUCAUGUUUGUUACUAUGCCGCUGUGGAUUUUAUUUUGAGUAUUUGGUUUCGUGAUUGUGUUAAUUUUUUUAGACUCAGAAAACAGAACAUUUGGACUAGUUUAUUUUAUAUUAAAAAAAAAAAGGAUGGGGGUAAUCACAAAAUUGGAUAACAGUAUUCGAAGAUUGACAUUUGUAGAGAAACUUGUGGUUGUGGACGAUGCCUGCAUGAACAUUUUUAGUGAUCUGAGGUGGGGAACUUUUAUGUAUAUCCUUAGAUUUGUAUAAUGAAUAAAAUUUA